GGCUCGCUGACGGACCGAGGGAGGGCUCGAUUAUGGCUUCUGGCUGAGCUGCCCUGCGGUCCUUCGUCUAGUCUGGGAAUCUCUCCCUUUUCGGAAUUUCAUUAAGAUGCUGCUAUCAAUAGGAAUGUUAAUGUUGUCUGCCACUCAGAUUUAUACUAUUCUCACAGUUCAGCUGUUUGCUUUUUUAAACCUAUUGCCAGUAGAAGCCGAUAUCAUAGCGUAUAAUUUUGAAAAUGCAACACAGACAUUUGAUGACUUACCAGCAAGAUUUGGUUAUAGGUUGCCUACUGAAGGUUUGAAGGGCUUCCUAAUAAAUUCAAAACCUGAGAACGCCUGUGAGCCUAUAAUUGGUCCACCUCUGAAGGAUAACUCAUCCCGUGAAUUCAUUGUAUUAAUCAGAAGGCUUGAUUGCAAUUUUGAUAUAAAGAUUUUGAAUGCACAGAAUGCUGGGUUUAAGGCAGCAAUUGUUCACAAUGUUGACUCUGAUGACCUCAUUAGCAUGGGAUCUCAAGACAUUGAAAUUUUAAAGAAGAUUGACAUUCCAUCAGUUUUCAUUGGCGAAACAUCCGCGAAAUCUCUUAAAGAAGAAUUUACUUUUGACAAAGGAGCCCAUAUUGUGCUAAUCCCAGAGUUCAGCCUUCCUUUGGAAUAUUAUCUAAUCCCAUUCUUAAUAAUUGUGGGAAUCUGUCUCAUCCUUAUAGUUAUAUUCAUGAUAACAAAAUUUGUUCAGGACAGACACAGGGCAAGAAGGAAUCGUCUUCAAAAGGAUCAGCUUAAGAAGCUUCCAGUACAUAAGUUCAAGAAAGGUAAUGAGUACGAUGUUUGUGCCAUUUGCUUGGAUGAAUAUGAGGAUGGAGAUAAACUCAGAAUUCUUCCUUGUUCUCAUGCCUACCAUUGCAAAUGUGUGGAUCCUUGGCUAACUAAAACGAAGAAAACGUGUCCUGUCUGUAAACAGAAAGUGGUCCCUUCUCAGGGAGAUUCAGAUUCUGAAACAGACAGCAGUCAGGAGGAGAAUGAAGUCUCUGAGAAUACCCCUUUGCUUAGGCCGAUUGCUUCAGUUAGCACUCAGUCUUUUGGGGCAUUAUCAGAGUCAUACUCUCAUCCAAAUAUGACGGAAUCUUCAGACUAUGAGGAAGAGGAGGAGGAGGAGGAGGAGGAGGAAGGAAAUGAAGAUAUUGACAGUAGCGAUGCGGAGAAUGGAGUGACGGAAGAAAGUGUAGUCGUCCAGCUACAGCCCAGUGAUGAAAAGGAUUACAGAGUAGCAGAUGCUGUUUNUAAUUGGGACUGGAAUUUUCAGGGUUAA